GUUUUCCUGGUGAGGGUUCAAGGUUUUAGUUUUCUUUCUUGUUUAAUCGGAUCCUUGAUGGGGCUGUAACCUCUGAAUUCAGAGCCGAGGCCCGCGGAGCACAGGCUGGGGCUUGGGAUGAGUGUUCCCCCAGCCCCCGUUGCGGGGUGACCUCCUGGCCUCCCCCUGAUCACAGCACAGCCUGUGCCUGCCGGGUCCUCUGCCCGGAGUGCCUGCCCCCCCUUCCCCUCCCUGAGCUUAGGCCUGGUGUGUCACCUCCUCUCAGGUGGUAUUUGUCUGGUGCCCCCUCCCUGGUCUACACUCUGCUCUGUCGUGGGCCCCCACCUCGGCCACUGCUGUUUCUCUACCGACCCACCCCUUCCUUAGCUGGGCACCCAUGGGGGCAGCCUGGGGGCCCUGGCCCUGCACUUAUGGCCUGGCGCCUGACCAGAAUGGGGAUAGCAUUGAGUAAUGGCGCGACUGUCCCAGUGUGAGGAGGUGGGCCUGGUCCUGAACAGGGGGCGUACUGGGGAGCCUCAUGCUCCGGAAAGGCUGUGGCCGCCCAUCCCGUCCACCCCGGCGGCCUUCCCCAGACCGGCCACAGCUGUUGCUGUGGGUCUAGCGGCCUCGCACGGGGCCCUUGGCCCGUCACCACCCUCUCCUGUCACCACCCUGUUGUCCCUUCAGUGUCACCCUGGCACAUCCACUGUCCACCCGUGCUCACUGGAGGCUCCUCAGUGCAGGGCCCUGCUUCUGUGGCCGUGCCCAGGACAAGGCCGAUGUCAGCCCCUCCCCCUGCAGGACCCAGCCGCGGGGACCCCUGCCUGAGGGCCACUCUGCUUGCCUGCUGUUGUCUUUCUUUUAUCCUCAUGAGAGAAAACUGAGGGGAUUGCCCAGUAGCCAGCGGCAAAGUCCUGUCCUGCGUCCGGUGUGACGGGGCGUCCCUGCUGCUCACUUCCACCAGCCGCCCCCUUCUGCCCGGGAGCCCGCUGUUCACACGUUAUGCUGCUCGUGCUUCUCGUGCUGGACGGGGAAGGCGACCUGCUGUUGCUCCUGGCAACAGGGACGCUUAUGGCUCCGUGAGCCGCCCCCUUGCAGGGCCCAGGCGUGUGCGUCGUGUGGAUGUCCUAGGUUUAUCUUGUUCUCCUGUGUCCCACCGACAGAGCUGUGGUGGGCAUUCAUGCACGUUGUCCAAGGGGGGGGUGGUCCUCCAGAUGCAGGAUCUCAGGUCCCCCCCUCCCCUGCCGCGAAUGCCGGCGUUCCCGCGCUCCCUAGUCCUGUGACUCCUCCGUCAGGGGCAGAUGCUCAGGCUGUCACAGGUGUGGGGGGCAGGGGCUCUCCUGGGGGCUCUGCCGGCUCUCACAGUUAUGGCCCUUCGCGCGAGCGGCGCCGGCCGUGCCGGUGGGAGGGGCUCCUCGGUGGGGCCGCCGUGCUGAGCCGCCGUGCUGAGCCGCCGUGGGGCUCCGGUCUCCUGCAGGAUGGUGGACGUGGGAGGACAGAGGUCAGAGCGGAGGAAGUGGAUCCACUGCUUUGAGAACGUGACGUCCAUCAUGUUCCUUGUUGCCCUGAGUGAAUACGACCAAGUGCUGGUGGAGUCGGACAACGAGAACCGCAUGGAGGAGAGCAAAGCCCUCUUCCGGACCAUCAUCACCUACCCCUGGUUCCAGAACUCCUCUGUCAUCCUCUUCCUCAACAAGAAGGACCUGCUGGAGGACAAGAUCCUGCACUCGCACCUGGUGGAUUACUUCCCCGAGUUCGACGGUGAGCCGGCACGGCAGCGGCUGGGGGG